UGUGGGAAAUGCUUUAGACAAAAAUCAACUCUUGUUACACAUGAGAAAAUUCACACAGGACAGAAGCCGUAUUCAUGUUCAGAAUGUGGGAAAUGCUUUACAAAAAAAUCAUUUCUUGUUAGACAUGAGAGAAGUCACACUGAAGAGAAGUCAAAUUCAUGUUCAGAAUGUGGGAAAUGUUUUACAGAUAAAUCACUUCUUGUUAGACACCAGAGAAGUCACACAGGAGAGAAUCCAUAUUUCUGCGCAGUGUGUGGAAAGUGCUUUACAUUUAAAUCAAAUUUUGUUAAACACGAAAGAUGUCACACAAGAGAGAAACCAUAUUCAUGUUCAGAAUGUGGAAAAAGUUUUGCACUUAAAUCAAAUCUUGUUACACAUGAGAGAACUCACACAGGAGAGAAGCCAUAUUCAUGUUCAGAAUGUGGGAAAUGUUUUGCACAUAAAUCACAUCUUGUUACACAUGAGAGAAGUCACACAGGAGAGAGGCCGUAUUCAUGCUCAGAAUGUGGAAAUAGUUUUACACAGAAAUCAAGUCUUGUUACUCAUGAGAGAAUUCACACAGGAGAGAAACCAUAUUCAUGUUCACAUUGUGGAAAAUCUUUUACAGUUAAAGCCCGUCUUCUUAGACAUGAGAAAAGUCAUACAGGAGAGAAGUCAUUUUGAUAUUUUAUAUGUGGAAAUUUUUUUGUAAGGAAACCAAAUUCUAAAACUCAUCAUUCUUCUCUACAACUCCCUGUUGUGCGGCUAUUUUAUAGAUGAACCAUGGCUGCAGAAAAGUCACAGUCAAGUUGUGAUCAUGUACAAAAAGGUAUUGUGGAUAUAUUGUGGACAGCGUCACCCUUGUCACUGAGCAGACAUUGUUUUUUUGGCUCAUAUUAUACGUUCUACUAGCGCUGUAACAGUCAUUGCUCCUAUGGCAAUCUUCUGCUCGCUAGCAGAGGAGACCACUGCUAUUACAUGCAGUGAUUUCCUCUGCAGCAUGGGGAGCAGCUAUUGCUCGUCCCCAUGUUGUAUAGUCUUUUGCUGACGGCAGAUCAUGGUGUCUGCUGCCUGCAAACGAUAAUUUUUUAACGUGUCCAAGUCAAUAGAUUUGGACUGCCCAAUGAACAAGCAUUUGUUCGUUCAACAGGCAAUUGGCGGUAUUAUUACACUGCAAGAUGAUUGCUAAUGAGAGUUUAUACAAACGCUCGUUAGCGAUCAUCUGCCUAAAAGCCGUCCAGUGUAAUACAGGCUUUAGGGCAAACUGCCAUAAAAUGCUAAAUAACUGUUUGCCUAAAAAUCUGUUUUUACUUACUGUAUGAAAGGGGGGGAGUUUGCAAAGAGAGGUGUAGAUAAUUCCAGGGGACAAAUGGCCCAAGGAUUGGACAAGAGGGUUGGAACCUGGAGAGACCAAGGAGGAUACUGGGAAGGAGGGUUCUGAAGCGGUCAUAGGAUUGAUAGAUAGAUGUAAGUGUGUACAGUGUCCAUGUCGGGUAACUAUGUAUCGUUCUUACUGUAAUGUUUAAUGAAUUGUGUAAGUUAAUUUAUAACGGAAUCUUUGUUGUUGAUUUACAAUAUUGUCUCUCUGUAAGUAAAUGUAUUUCUUUCUGGUUCCACAUUUCAUAUUUAUAUAUUACACAUACUUUUUGCCUAACCUUUGAAUCGGACCCAA